AUGGACUCAGCCGACUCUGAGGCAGUUCGGUCAGCUCUGCGCACUCAAGCUCACCGUCUGCAUCAGCAGGAAGAACAACUCGCUAUUCUUCGGAAUGAGCUGACGGCAAUGGCUAAUAGUCAGGAGAACCAGGUGAUCGGAGUGAGUGAUCAGCUUGCUCAGCUUGUCACACAGUUCCAGCGCCUUUCUACCAGAGAGUCAUCAGCUGGCUCUGGGACUGAGAGAGGAGCCGCGGCCACUGCCGCUUCGCAGACUCUAGGAGGGGAUUCAACUGAGCCUAGAGCCUCCUCUUCGCCGUUUCCGCACCUUGCUCGUCCAGAGAGGUUUUCUGGGGAUUCCGGAGACUGCAGGGCAUUCCUUACACAGCGUGAACUCCACUUUGAGCUGCAGGCUGCCACUUACCCCUCUGAUAGAGCCAAGGUGGCGUUUAUCAUUUCCCAUCUGUCUGGAAGAGCCGAGUCUUGGGCAGCAGCGGAAUGGAGCCAGAGGUCUGCCGUUUGCAACUCCUACACAGGUUUUACCUACACUGAUUCAAGCACCAAGUUGGUGUACAACCGAUAA